AUGUCCUCAAAUUUUGGGGCAUCACAAGUCUCUUUCCAAACUCAAUACUUACUCGCUUCAAUGCUCUCUGAUGAUGAUUUUGUGGGGAGGUUUCUUAAUGAGAGCUCGAGGAGGCUAGAGUGCAGGCACAAAAUUUUCACAAAAGGAUUGAAAGAGAUGGGGAUCGAUUGUUUGAAUACGAAUGCUGGACUUUUCUACUGGAUGGAUUUGUACUUGUUGCUCAAAGAACCAACUAUUGAAGCUAAAAUGGCACUAUGGCGUGUGAUAAUCAACGAUGUGAAACUCAAUGUCUCUUCGGGAUCAUCUUUUCACUGCACGGAGGUUGGUUGGUUUAGGGUUUGCUUUGCUAACAUAGAUGAUGAUACAAUUGAAAUUUCAUUGCAGAGAAUUCGAACAUUUGUGACUAAGAAGAAGGAAGGAGAAGUGGCUAUAGUGAAGAAGAAGAGGUGGCAAAUGAAUCUUCGACUGAGUUUCUCGUCUCGGAUAUACAACGACGGUCUCAGGUCGCCAUUGAGAGGGUAA